UGGGCUGAGAUAAGGAGUUUUUGCAGUGAUAGAUAAGGAUGCCUAGUAGGGUUCCUACUUAUUGGAUUUUUAGCUUGGUUAGGGCCCGCAUUUUGGGCUAAGGCGCGUCAUUAAUGGAUUAUUAGUAUUGGGCCUGAUUUGUAGAUUUUCAGCAUGGAUUGGGUUGGGUUUUGGACUGGAUUUUGAGGUCUGUGCCCAGCGCAUCCCGUAAUUAAUCAAUCGAGGCCAGGCUUUAGCCCUGCCCGAAUGGGUCAGACUGGGCGGGUUUGGAUGGGCCCAGCCUGUGUAGCAGCUCUAGGCGGAUAGACACUGUAUAGGUCCUUUUUCCUCACCCCCUCGUCUUUAUGAUUUUUAAUUCCAGUUGAUGCUCUGGUUUCUGAAGCUCACAUGCUAUACGAUGUGUCCUUUGGGCUCCGAUAUUUUUGAUUACUAGUGGGCUGGAUCGGAUUUAGCCGGCUUUUCACCGCAGCUUAACUUUCAAACAGAGUUGUGUUCCAAUCCUUACCGGGGCUCCCUUCAGAGACUCAACUUCCGAAUUUAUUUGCUCACCUACUCGGAAGAGUUGAUAACCUGGUGAUUAUCGCGGGCACGCGUUUAUGAAUACAAAUGCUCAAACAAGGCAAACGUUAGCAAUUUUGAGCCUGUUGGAGCUCAGAGCGAGUGAAUUCUAGCUAAGCAGCGAAAAUACCCGUAUCAACUACGAUCGAUACGAUCCACGCGUGGUGUGUUAGCGAACCAAUUUAGGGAUGCAAGAACGGACGCGGGGGUCUAACAACGGAGACAACAGCGCUGUAUGGGGGGUAAAAAAAGAAGGAAACCGCGUGCGGUUGAAGAAAACCGCACGCGGUAUUCACGGAAGGAAUCUCUCAACCAAAAUAAAAUACAAAGAUGCGCGCGAUGCAUCUCAUCUCUAUCAACUUUCAACUUGCUUGCCGACAAGCUGGCUCUUCUUGAGGUCGCAAAGCGCGCAGCUUGCGACUUGUUGUCCUCCGUUCAGAUCCUUUGCAAUCUAGAAAUAAUUGCAGCAACUUGUGCAAACGCAUUAUUGAUUUGUGUGGUCUCCACUGAUUUGAUCGCCUUACUCUAUAUCCUGUUACAUUAUAUAUAAUACCUUCUUUAAUCACGAAUCUCCCUUUCCUCCCCCAAACCUUGAACCCAAACUUGUCAAUUUCCGGCCGCCGUUUUCUAUCCCCUUCUCCCUCCCCCAUGGGUUCAACGGUUGGCGCCAUUCUACUGAAACUGGUCAAAGAAGUCUCUGCUUUUGUCCAGUUGGUCAUGGAUCAUGCCAAAGUAUCCGGCGGCGGAGACGCCCCAAGGCAUUUAAUGUGCACCAAAUAUAUAUAUGUUAAUCAUUGGAUCCGCACACGGAUCCCCAUGUCCAAUAGUCUAACGGUUGACGUCUAUUUGAUGCGCAUUUAAUGUUAUGCACUAAAAACCAUCUGAUACUUUCUCCUCUGACGUCGCCAUCUUCUCUACCAUGUAUUUAAAGCUGGGUGAUGCUUCGUCCUCAAAUUCAAACUCACGACCUGUUUGACAAAAUGCCUCUUUACUGGUAUCAUCUUUUCCUGCUCUUCUUCCUGCAUUCCGUUACUUUCUCAGUCGUAGCGACCACCGAUGUCCAACUCGAGGCCUUGCUGGCCUUCAAAUCGUCGAUUCACCGUGACCCCUUUGGUUCCUUAACCAAUUGGACAUCCGUGACCCAUCACUGCAACUGGACCGGCAUCUCCUGUGACACAUUGACAAACUCUGUCAUUGCCGUUACUCUCACCAACAUGCAACUCAACGGCACAAUAUCUCCGUUCCUUGCCAACAUCUCCACCCUUCAGCUCAUCGAUUUCUCAUCCAAUUCGCUCUUCGGUUCAAUUCCUCUUCAGCUAUCACAGUGCUCGGAGCUCUUGGAGCUCACCCUCUAUGACAACCUCCUUUCAGGGCCCAUCCCUUCUGAGCUUGGUAAGUUGAAGAACCUCCAGCUUCUUGAUUUGGGUGCUAAUGUUUUGAAUGGGAGUAUUCCUGAGAGCAUAUCGAACUGCACUUCCUUGAUUGCUCUUGCUCUAGACACAAACAAACUUAGCGGUUCUAUCCCUGAAGAAAUUGGCAACUUGAUUAAUCUCGAGACCUUCCAAGCUUAUUCCAACAGCUUGGUUGGUUCGUUUCCUUCAUCAUUCAGAAACCUACUUAGCAUGAAAACACUGGACCUGAGUGAUAACCAGUUAUCAGGAAUCAUACCUCCUGAAUUCAGCAACUUCUCGCAUUUGUUCAUCCUUCAGCUGUUUGAGAACCAGUUCACAGGUCCGGUUCCUGCAGAGUUAGGCCGGUGCACAAAUUUAACCCUUUUGAACCUCUACAGCAAUAAGUUGAGUGGUAGUAUUCCUCCUGAGCUUGGAAAUUUAUUCAAGUUGCAGGCUUUGCAACUUUACAACAACAACCUCUCUUCCACAAUUCCUUCAUCUUUAUCUCAUUGCCGCUCUCUAGUACAUCUGGGUCUUUCACAGAAUGAGCUGACUGGUUCUAUACCAGCAGGGCUUGGGUCUUUGAGUUCACUUCAAGUGCUAACCCUCCAUCAGAAUAAAUUGGUUGGUUCAAUUCCGCCUUCAUUGAUGAACCUGACCAGCCUGUCAUAUCUUGCUUUGAGCUUAAAUUCUCUUUCUGGUCCCCUUCCUUCCAAUUUAGGGUCUCUUUUCAAAUUGGAGAAGUUGGUCAUUCAUUAUAAUUCUAUCGACGGACCGAUACCUUUGAGCAUUGCCAAUUGUUCUCGUCUUGUCAAUGUGAGCAUGGCCUAUAACCGAUUCACUGGUGAGAUUCCUUCAGGAUUAGAGAAGCUUAAGAACUUGACAUUUUUAUCAGUGGGGAGCAAUCAAUUAUCAGGUCCCAUUCCUGAUGAUCUCUUUAACUGUAGCAGGCUUUCUACGUUGGAUUUGCGUAACUGCAAUUUUUCUGGGCCUUUGAAUCCGGAUAUUGGAAAACUCAGCCAAUUACGGAAUUUGCUCUUGUCACAUAAUUCUUUCUCGGGUAUUAUACCGAAGGAUAUCGGCAAUCUCACCUCGCUAUUGUUCUUAGACCUCGGCAGGAACAAUUUUAUUGGUGAAGUUCCAUCGGAGAUUUCUAUGCUAUCAGAUCUCCAAGGUCUCACUCUUGAGUGGAACUCUCUCGAAGGUUUGAUCCCUGAACAAGUUUCUGAAUUGAAACAACUUUCACGCCUCGAAUUACAUCAGAAUAGAUUUGUGGGUUCAAUUCCAGAUUCUAUCUCUAAUCUUCAAUCACUCUCUUACCUUGAUCUCCAUGGGAACGUGCUGAAUGGUUCAAUACCGAAAUCCUUAGGGGAUUUAAUAAGACUGUUGUCAUUAGAUCUCUCCAACAAUCUCCUAAGUGGUUCUAUCCCCAGGCCUGUGAUAGCAAAUAUGAAGAAUUUGCAGUUAUAUCUCAAUCUAUCAAAUAAUCUUUUAACGGGUUCUAUUCCAGAUGAGAUUGGGGGAUUGGAAAUGAUUCAAGCUAUUGAUCUGUCAAACAAUAAUCUUUCAGGAAGUAUUCCUUCAGCUAUCAAAGGUUGCAGGAAUCUGCAUUCACUUGAUUUCUCAGUAAACAGGCUUUCAGGUCAACUACCAGCUAGCAUUUUCCCUCAGCUUGACUUGCUUACAAGCUUAAAUUUAUCAAACAAUAAGUUAACUGGUUCAAUUCCCCAAAACUUAGCUGCCCUUACUAGUCUAAGGCAGCUUGAUCUCUCUUUCAAUCAGUUUGAAGGUCGAGUACCAGAUGGAGGUGUGUUUAGAUACUUGAAUCAUUCUAGUUUGCAAGGAAAUCCUUCUCUUUGUGGCUCAAAGUUAUUGCCUUCAUGUAAGAAUGUUGGUCAUCGGUUUUCUAACAGGGCAUUGGUACUUGUCAUCACUCUCCCAUCUCUGUCCUUCAUCCUUUUAGUAGUGCUUGUGGCUUGUGUUAUCUACCAAAGGCACCGUGUGAAGCAAAAGCCAGUAGAUGGAGGAGAUAUCAAGAGAGGAGCAUCCUUCGCACCAUCUAUAAAGAAAUUCACCAGAAGAGAGUUGGAGAAUGCUACUAAUUUCUUCAGCCAGGAAAAUAUGCUUGGUGAAAGCAGUAUGAGCAUGGUAUACAAGGGAAGGCUUGAAGGCAGUGGGCAAGUGGUGGCUGUGAAAAAACUGAACCUGGUGCAAUUUCCUGCAGAGUCAGACAAAUGCUUCCAUAGGGAGUUGGAGAUUUUGAGCCAGUUGAAGCAUAAGAACCUUGUCAAAGUGAUGGGUUAUGCUUGGGAAACAGGGAAGCUCAAAGCUCUGGUUCUUGAGUUUAUGGAAAAAGGGAACUUGGAAAAUAUUAUGUACAAUUCUGGAGGGGAUUGGUUGAGGUGGACAAUAUAUGACAGGCUUCGAAUUUGUAUAUCUGUUGCUCAUGCACUUGUUUACUUGCAUUCUGGAUAUGACUUCCCUAUUGUUCAUUGUGAUCUCAAGCCAUCAAACAUACUCUUGGAUCAAGACUUGGAUGCACAUGUUAGUGAUUUUGGAACUUCUCGAAUAUUGGGUGUUCAUUUGCCUGAUCAAAGCAGCAACAAGACUGCUUCGAUGUUCCAAGGGACUAUCGGCUAUAUAGCUCCAGAGUUUGCAUACAUGAGGAAUGUGACCACAAAGGUUGACGUCUUCAGCUUCGGUAUAGUUAUGAUGGAGCUUUUCACCAGAAUAAGGCCAACUGGGACUGUUGAACAUGAUGGAGCGCAUGUCUCAUUGCAAGAGUUUGUGGAGAAAUCCUUUCAAGGUGGAGUAGAUGCUGUGCUUAGCAUUGUGGACGAUGCAAUGGACAUUCCGACUGCAACACAGCAAGACAAGGUUGUUAAAGUCCUAGAGUUAGCCUUAUCAUGUACCCGAUUCAAUGCAGAGGAGCGGCCAGUCAUGAAGGAGGUUUUAUCUACCUUACUGAAGCUUAGUCAUGUAUAGGAUGUACUUUUUACUUGUUCAUCCACAAUAUUUUGACACGCUAACAUGUUCGAGUUUCAGCGAAUCUAUUCCCCCCCCUCUUUUUAUUUUGAUGAUGCUGUAUGUAUGUAGUCUGUCUCAGUUGUCAUCUAUGCUCGGUUUUCCCUGUGGAAGUGCAA